CUGGUCGCGAGCAGCAACAGAACGCACAGGCGUCAAAACACUGCGGGCUUAAAAUGAUGAAGAAUCUGGGUGAUGGCCUGUUGUUUGAGCUGGAGAAUGGCAAGCCCAGGCUUGUGUUGGCUAAAUAUGGUGCUGAAUCAAAGUCUUCUAAUAAGAAGGGCUCUUGUCAGAUUCCUCCAAGGAAUAAAACACACAAAAUCACCAACUCCAAACAAUGUCCUGCUCAAGCAGACAAAGCCGAAAAGGAAAAAAGAAGCAAAAACACACCAGUUGUCAGUUGUGCUGGGCAGAACAGCACAGGCGGACCCAAGAGCAGGUCCAGCGAGGCUGUGAGAGUGCAGUCGGACAGCACAGUCACGCAGCAGAAGGAGAGCGUGGUGUGUCUGACACAGGAGCAGUUCCAGCAGAUACUGAGCACCAUCAGCAGCUCAUCCACGGCAAACACACACACUCACACUCACACAGCAGAACCUGUGGCCAGCUCAGAGGAAAAGUGUCCCGGAACUACAGGAACAGCUGAAGAGUUGAUCCUGGACGACCAUAAUUACAGACACAGAGCGUCACAAGAAAAGACAGACAGACAGCCUCUGUCAGAUGAGCAGCAGUCAGGCUUGUUCAGCACAUUUGGAGAAAGGGAAAGAGAUCGAGACAAACUGGAAGCCAAAAGAGCUCAGUGGAGGAGAGAGCUGGAUGAGCAGAUGGCUCUGAAGAGGCAGCAGAGAGCCAGUCUCAAAGAUAUGAAAGCUCACAGUGAAUCAAGUGAAGCCAGGCUGAAAGACCUGCCUGACACAGACGGGCCGAGCUCACGGAGGGCAGCUGGAGCGGAGAGCUCAAACCGCAGAGCUCCAGCCCAAACACAGCGAGAGCUCCCUGCUGCCAUCCGCUCUGCCUUCAUCAUGGGGGAAGCGGCUCCUGUGGAGGACUUGUUCAGUGCUCAGAGACAGGAGCAGCAGAGACGCUGGCUACAGGAACUGGACAAGCAGAGAGAGGAGGACAAACUACGCCGACAACACGACAAAGAGAUCAGCAGCCAGGCUGAGGACAUCGAGCGCUGGGCCGUUCAUUUUGACUCUCUUCAUCAGCCCUCAGCUGACACCAGCAGCUGUCUGUCUCACCGCUCCGUCUCUGGAGCUCUGUCCACGGCAUGGGACGGCUCCAGUGCGUUUGGAGGGGACAGUCUGGGGAGGGCCAGCGUCGACACCACUCAGGGAAACCAGCAGAGAUCCAGUCAUCUUCGCACAAUGACAGCCUUGCUGGACCCUGCUCAGAUCGAGGAGCGAGAACGCAGAAAACUCAAACAGCUGGAGCACCAGCGAGCCAUUGAGGCUCAGGUAGAGGAGCGCAGACGCCAGAAAGAGAAAGAGGAGGCCACACGACGGGCGCAGGAACAAGAGGAGGAGAGGAGGCUUGAAAGAGAGCGAGAACAACUCCAGCAGCAGCAUAUGAAGGACACCGAGCGACAGAGACACAGAGAGGAGGUGCAGUCUCGUAAAACAGAGGAGCUGCAUCUGAGCAUUCAGAGAGCCCAAGAGGAGGCCUGUAAAGACAAACACAUCCAGAGAAUCAGAGACCUGGCCAAGAAAGGCCACGAUGUGUCCAAACUACUGCACAGCCUGGAAGCAGACUCCGUCUCACAGGCCCUCAGUGGUGAAGAUUUACCUGGUCCUUCAGCGACUUCCACAACAUCUCCAAGAAGAGACACCGCUGUUCAGACAGAGAUCAUCCCUCAGCCAGAGAAUGAGACCGUUAUUCCCAGAGCUGCAGUCACAUGCCCAGCUCCUCCAAACAACACAUCCCAGCGAUGCGAGGUAAAAGCAUCUGCAAAGAGCCACAGCAAGCAGCAUCUGAGAGAAGCGGACGCUUACGAGCCUUACGCGCGGAGCGGCAGGAUCCACAGGCUGGAGAAGAGGCCCGAGUGGAACACACAGAGACCCAGCAAAGCCUUCGUCCCGGCGUCGGAGCGCUACCCCGAAGCCCUACAGAGACACCGGCAGGAGAGCAGGAGACAGAGGCAGCAGCAGCUGAUGACGCUGCUGGAGAGAAGCACACCGCAGCCGCUUCAUAACCACAGACCCCAAGCACAGACACUCAGGACGUCUCCUCCAGCACUGGGGCAAAGAAGUAAAAAUCAACACCAAGGAGCACCAGCCUUCAGCGCUGAAAGCAGGGUGCCGUCUUCUCCCGCUCCUGCAGUAAAGUCCUCUCAGCAGGUGACGGAGGACACGGGCCGCCCGCCGUCGUUAGACUAUGUGCCGUAUGUGCGCACAGACGAGGUGUAUCACAUGGACCCCCUCGCUCCGCUGUCCAGACCCCCGACACAUGAAGCCCAGCAGAGGGUCCACACAGUUGUGAGCAGCAGCAGGCAGGCGCCGCCUCGGGUCCAGCAUCCUCCUAAAAGCACUGAACGGCAGCAGGCCAUCCUGAAAGGGUCUGCUGCAGAGACAGCGAGAGCUAGAAACCAGUCUGAACCCUGCAGUGCAAACACAACACAGAAACCACUUCUCACCUUUCAGACCGCUGUGAUCCAGAGCUGCUUCCGAAAACAAGACCAGCACUUUAUACUGCGAGAUGUGAACAGUGGAGAUGUUGCUGUCUGACAUAUGAAUCCAUUACACGCUCUUAUUAAGGACUAGGGUUGUAAAGGGGUGGUACACUUCCGGUAAGUUUCCGGAAACUUUCCAAAAAUCCUUGGAAUAU